CGCCUCCCGCCUUCCGCCUUCCGGCCGGGGGUGCGGGUCCGGGUGGCGCCGCACGCGGAUGGCAGUCGUGCGCGCCGGGGCGGCGGAGCUGGGCUUCGCGGAGGAGGCGCCGGCCUGGCGGCUGCGCAGCAAGCACUUCCCCAGCAAGGUCGGCGGCCGGCCGGCGUGGCUGGGCGAGGCUGGGCUGCCCGGGCCCGCGGCGCUGGCGUGCUCGCUGUGCGGCCGCCCGCUGGCCUUCGUGCUGCAGCUGUACGCGCCCCUGCCGGGCCGCGCCGACGCCUUCCACCGCGGCCUGUUCCUCUUCUGCUGCCGCGCGCCGCCCUGCUGUGCGGGCCUGCGCGUUUUUAGAAAUCAGCUACCCAGGAAAAAUGACUUUUACUCGCACGAGCCGCCUCCUGAGGAGCCUCCCCCAGAGACGGGAGAGUCCGUGUGCCUCCAGCUCAAGUCGGGGGCUCACCUCUGCAGGGUGUGCGGCUGCUUAGGCCCCAAGACGUGCUCUCGGUGUCGCCAGGCGCAUUACUGCAGUAAGGACCACCAGGCUGUGGACUGGAGAUCCGGACAUAAGCAGGCGUGUGGACAGGCAGAUAAUUUGGACAACACAGUUCCAGAUCACAACUUCCUUUUUCCAGAAUUUGAAAUUGUAAUAGAAACAGAAGAUGAGAUUACACCUGAAGUUUCAGAAAAAGAUGAUGAACCGGAGAUUAUAGGGAGCAUGGGUGAAGUACCUGUGGAAGAAUUGGAUUCCAUGGCAAAACAUGAAUCCAGGGAAGAUAAAAUUUUCCAGGAGUUUAAAAAUAAAAUAGCCCUGGAACCAGAGCAGAUUCUCAGGUAUGGCAGAGGGCUUGCCCCCAUCUGGAUCUCUGGUGAAAAUGUCCCCCAAGAGGAGGAUAUUCCAGACUGCCCCUGUGGAGCCAAGAGAAUAUUUGAAUUCCAGGUCAUGCCUCAGCUGCUCAACUACCUAAAGGCCGACAGGCUAGGCAAGAGUGUUGAUUGGGGUAUCCUGGCUGUCUACACCUGUGCUGAGAGCUGCAGCCUGGGCACCAGCUACACAGAGGAAUUUGUUUGGAAACAAGAUGUAACAGAUACACCUUAAAGACAAACCUCGAAAAGCCUUAAAAGUGCUCAUAACCUCUUAAAUCUUGCAAUUCCGUUUUUAGGAUGUUAUCCUAAGGGAAUAAUUGUACCAGUGAGAGAGGUACAAAGAUGUUUUAGGCCUCAUUCACAAUCUAUAAUAAAAGUGGAAUGUGCUAAUUAGACUGGACAGCUGAACAACCUUCCAGACAAAGCCGCGGGAGCUGAAGCGGUUAGGGGUGAUCAGGCAGGCAGGCUAGGGUUUAGGAGCCAGUGGUCCCGGAUUGCAAGAAGGAUGUCCAACUGUGGGGUCGGGCCUAAACAGGCAGUCAGACAUCACCUGACGGGUCCCAUAUUGCGAGAGGGAGGGUGCAGGCCGGGCUGAGACACACACACACACCCACUGCACAAAUUUUGUGCACCGGGCCUCUAGUGUCUUAUUAGUGAAACAAAAAGGUCCAGUAACAGGGAAUUACAUAAAUUUUGGUGUAUCUAUGCAGUGGAAAGCUGUGUAGUUUUUGAUGCAGACCUGUAUGCACAUCCAGUAAAGUACAGAUCUGGACACCAAGAUACCAUUAUAGAUGGUAUUCCUAGUCUGAUCAUAUAUUUUUUAAAUAUUUGUAUCUGUGUGUCUUUAUUCCCUUUUUCUAAGUGUUUAAUGGUUUCACACAUGUGUUGACCUGCAAUGAAAUAAAACUUUAAAAAGAAAAUGGGUCUUUUGUGAAGAGUGAGAAGUGCUGAUCUACAGAA